GCCUGCCCUCGGUCCCGUGCGGUCCCCGAAGCCCCGAGCACCUGCCCGGUCCUGGGGCGGAGCCCCUCGGCGUCGCGUGGAGCUGCGAGUCGCCCGCUUCCGGAAGCGCACACGGGCCAGUUGCGGCGGCCCAUCUGCCAGGGCGGCGGGGGCUCGGCGGGAGGGUUGAGGCUGAAUCACGCGCAGCCUGCGGGCGGCGGAAACGUCCCUAGAGCCUCGCCGCCCCGGGACCCGGGCUGCUUCCUGGGAGAGGAUUACAUUUUCUCCCUGCUCCACUUGACUUUCUUCCGGAAGGAGCAGGUCUCGCAGGAUCGGGGCCAAGACUGGAAGAGUUCAGCCCCAUGGCUGGGGGUUAUGGAGUGAUGGGUGACGAUGGUUCUAUUGAUUAUACUGUUCACGAAGCCUGGAAUGAAGCCACCAAUGUUUACUUGAUAGUUAUCCUUGUUAGCUUCGGUCUCUUCAUGUAUGCCAAAAGGAACAAAAGGAGAAUUAUGAGGAUAUUCAGUGUGCCACCUACAGAGGAAACUUUGUCAGAGCCCAACUUUUAUGACACGAUAAGCAAGAUUCGUUUAAGACAACAACUGGAAAUGUAUUCCAUUUCAAGAAAGUACGACUAUCAGCAGCCACAAAACCAAGCUGACAGUGUGCAACUCUCAUUGGAAUGAAACCUCAGAAAAUGAGCAACAGAAGUAAUUGUUUCAAGCCCCUGAUUCUUUCUACUAAAUCAUGAACAGCUUUAAAAACAUUUCUGUCUGCAUAAAAUUAUUUUACUUGUAACAUUUCCCCAAUUGUUCUGUGCAUUGUUUUGCCUUUUUAAAUUACAUCUCCAAGUGGCUCAAAAGGCCUUGACACAGGGAACCUGCACAUAUCCAGGAUAUGUGUAACCAGCGAUGGUGACUUGACCUUGCCAAGACCUGUGAUUCUUUCAGGAUACAAUCAGUGAGAAAUAAAAACACAUCUUGGGAAGUGGGAAUCCUGGAGUUUAUGCCAUUUGCAAUAUUAAAAAGUAAAAAUGCAAGUUAUUAUUUCAAUAAUAACUUCCUGUUUGAUUGUGUUCUGUUGAGUGAUAAGUGUCAGAUCAAUAACAGAUUAAUUUGUUGUUAACAGCUCUUUUUUUUUUUUUUUUUUUUGAGACAGAGUCUGUUGCCCAGACUGGAGUGCAGUGGCACAAUCUCUGCUCACUGCAACUUCCGCCUCCCGGGUUUAAACGAUUCUCCUGCCACAGCCUCCUGAAUAUUCUGUUAACAGCUCUUUAAUUAAUGAUCUUUGCUUCUUCAGAACUUGUAUGGUAGACCAUCCUUUCUACAUCAUGAUGCAUACUCCUGUGCUAAUUUUAGAAGCUUUCUGUAACUAGAUUUUUUCCUCAUUAUGCUCCCAGAAGCGAGUUUGUUUUUAUCCCCGUUUCAUUUCUACCAGGUAGCUCUACUUUAGGCAAUACUGGGGCCCUGCUGUUGAAUAAAUGGAUGCCUGUGUAUUGGUGUUGGCAACUCUGCGGUAGUAGUGCUACCACUGGCGAGGCAGUAUUACUACCACUGGUGAAUGUUGCUGUCUGGUUACUGCUGAAUUUUUGGCAUGCUAAGCUUUCCUAAAGAGCCUCAUAUCUUUUCCCAUGCUGUACUGUACAAUGAAAUGUUUUUACCUAAUUUUUCAUGUUUAUUUAAAUAAAAGCUGACUGGGUAAUAGUGGGGAAGUUUAAUUGUCCACAUAAGUCAAAAGAAUCCGUUUUUGAACUAGAGCUAUUUUCAAUUAUAAGAGUGAGCUGGCUGGGCAUGGUGGCUCAUGCCUGAAAUCCCAGCACUUUGGGAGGCCAAGGUGGGAGGAUCACGAGGUCAGGAGUUCGAGACCAGCCUGGCCAACAUGGUUAAACCCAAUCUCUACGAAAAAUACAAAAAUUUGCUGGGUGUGGUGGCAUGCGCCUGUAAUCCCAGCUACUCAGGAGGCUGAGGCAGGAGAAUUGCUCGAAUCUGAGAGGUGGAGGUUGCAAUGAGCCAAGAUCACACCACUGCAUUCCAGCCUAGGCGACAGAGCAAGACUUCGUCUCAGAAAAAAAAAAAAAAAGUUAAUAAUGGCUUCAAGUAUUUCCUUUUCCCCUUAUUGUGAAAUAAAAUAUAUACAUUUUAAAUGGAAAUAAAGGUUUAGACCAAAUAAAAUCAUUCAGGGAAAUUGCAUUUACUUUUAAAAAUGUGUUGUUCAAAAAUGUAUAUAUAGUACAAAGUGAAUUGACCAAACAGAAUAAUUCUUAACUCACAAAGGAGUUUGAGCGCACUUCCUACAUGUUGAAUUUAAAUCUGACUAAAGGAUUGUAAACAGUUGUAAUUAUGGGUUGUAGUAACAGAGCAACAAGGGGACAAUCUUCUAAACUUGCCUUUGCCUAGGAGAGCUAGUGUAUAUUUCCACAAGUGAAUUUAAUCAGCAGUAGGAGUGGUUUACUCGUCACUGACAUGUGGCACAAUCUGGACAAAUUACACAAACUGGCUAUAUCAGAUGUGUAAAAUUAAUGUACAUAAAUAAACAGUCACACAAUGAAUUUUCUUUGUGUCCACUAGAUAGAGAUGGUCAUAACUAUGAACUAGUAGAUUAUUUGAUGAGCAUCAAGCCCUGGCAAGUGACAGGAGAUUAAUUCCUCUCCGUUUUUUCCUUAAAGCAAACUGAUGGGAAUUGCACACACCCCACUGGCAGGAACAACAGCAAGCCGGCUUUGAAGUCUCUUCCCUGCUUCAACAGCUGAAUUGGGGAGAGCACAAGCCCUGCAGCCACACUUCAAAGCGGCGCUGCCUGGCUGUCCUGCUUCUACCCAACAUCCACCUGAGACUCAACAGAACUGUUUUCUUUGGAAGAAAAGUGGAACUACUAAUAAGCUAGUAAUUAACCCUUGUAUUCUUUUUCUGGUUUCAUCUUCCUGUUUUAAUGUGUAAGAUAUUCAGCAGUAAGCACUGGUCAGCCUGCCCUGGUGCACAGCUUGAGUGUGUUAAAUAACUGGCUGUUUAGCUGAUGCCAGCCAGCUGCGUGAAGGGGAGAAGGCCGCCUCCAAGGACACAGAUGUUUGCUGUUGACCUCACGCUGUGUCUGGUUGAGUUAUUCAUGAUUCAUCGGAAAAUGACAUGCAAGGUUUAUGGUAAAACUGCUGUACAAUCAGAAGUAUUUUAAGUAUGCAUUAGAAGUAAGAUAAAAUAGUAAUAAAAAUAGUUUCAGAUGUUAAGAUGAUACAAGAAUAAAUUUAACCUAGAAAAUAAAGGGAGAAGGAAUAAAAGAACGUUGUAUAGAGCCAAAUAA